GGGGUCAUUGCCGAUUUUGGAGACAUUUUUAUAUAAACUUGAGUUUAGAGGCACUUCACCGGCCUGUGGUGUCGGUAACCAAAGUUGUGUGUGCAUGUGACCAUUUAUCUGUGUGUUCAGAUCUCACCCCAAAGUCUCCUUGGCACUCGGAUUGUUUAAACACUUGAUAUUUUUAUGAUUUUAAUUACUUUUAUCCAGCGUGGCCAUUUUGAAGUGCUCAAUUUGUGGUGUCACGCCCUAACUUUUUCACAAACUCUUAUGUUUGCUUCCUUUACAAAUCUCAUGGGUAAACACAAUUGAGCACAUAUUUCUCAAAAUAAAAAGAUAACUGAGUAAUCAUCUCUCACAGUACUGUCUACACUAUGAUUUUUUUAUGACAUUCAUUUUGACAUUAAUGCAUCAUAAAAGGGCUUUUUCCUUUCUUAGAUUGUGGAAUGUUGAAAUGUGUAACUUAUGAAAUGUCUAAGUCUGUAUGGGCAAAAAAAAAAAAAAAAGGUAACAUGUUCAAUGUGGUUGUGUUAUUUGUCUGAAAAAAGAAAAGAAAAAAGCUUUCAUCUUUGGGAGUCAUGGUUAUGUCACCAUUACCGAAUAAGAGCUUCUGUAUAGCUAUUUAUUGACCAGCAAAUGGAUAAGUACUUAAAUAAAUGUUGAAUCGAAUGCUGAAUACAUAUACAGGUUGUAACUUACUGUAAACUGGUCAUGUCUGGCUAACUUUAUAUGUGUGCCUUGUAUUUGUAGUCCUAUCCUUAUUAGUGAACAACGUUUCAGGUGCACAGGGGGGAUCUAUUUCCUUUUUUUGGUCCCUGUGUAUGAAAUUAAUUUGUAGGAAAUUUCAUGAAAACUCAAUAGAGGGCAUUGGCCUUCCUGUCAACACGGGCCUUCGGUGUUUUGUUGAUAUAGGGACAGUUUCUGACUUGCAUUGCACUCGGGACAAACGGACGUCAAUCGUGUUGACAGAUGGGCAGACAUAAGAUGAAUCUUUUAAAAACCCUGGUGGUAGUUAAGUUAUCAGUGUUUAAUUUAUUUAUUUAUGGUUACUAAACAUAUUCAUAAUAAGCCUCUAUGGUUGGAACAAAAGCCGGCAUAAAUGCUGGUGCCCCCUACGAAUGAAGUUAUGGUCACAUUCAUUAAAACCAGUUACCUAAAUCUGUUAAACCAGCUUUAUGCAAAGCGUUGUUAAUGAGAGAGGUCAGAGGAGAAGUGCCAGACUGGUCAAAGCUGACAGGAUGGUGACAGUAAUGCAAAUAAACACACGUUACAACAGUGGAAUGCAGAAGAGCAUCUCUGAACCUCUUAGUGGAUAGGCUACAGCAGCAUAAGACCAAUAAGUCCAUGAAAUACCUAAUAAAGUGAUCAGUGAGUGUAUGUAUUGUGUACAUGCUGAGCAUUGUUUUGCAAAGGAAUUGUAGUGGAUACAAAAUGCACUUCCUUUAUUAUUGCAAAUCACAAUUUAAUGUUCAAAUAUGGAUUUAAUGUACUAAUGCAGUGCAUAAACAGGUGCCCUGUUUAAUCUGGCAGAUGUGAACGUCAGGUGAAAAAUACUGUGAACAUCUCAUAACAGUAAAAUAAAGUGCAAAUCGUAACCAGUCAAGGGCAAGUGUGCUGAAAACCCUAGAGGGAAGUACAGUUCUAGAGUGAUGAAAACUUGAACCCUUGCAGAUGAAUCGGUAUGUUAAGGUUGUUCUUUCUUGUGCAUUUCACAACACACCUCAACUCCCCUCGUGACCCACCGGUGGGGUCCUGACCCUGGUUGGUACUGUUGCUUUGUAAGGAGGAUGUUCUGGAUUUGAUUCCCAAAUGGCCUGAUCCUCGCUGAGAGGGGUUUUUCCCAGGUACUCCAGUUUUCUCCCACACCGAAAGACAUGCACCCCUGCCGUUGCCCUUAACCAAGGCACUGAACUGGAGAGUUGGUCCCCAGGUGCUGCACUGUGGCUGCUCACUGCACCUGAGUAACUAGGAUGGGUCAAACGCAGAGGAAAAAUGAUCCCAUGCUUCAAUAACGUAUAUCUUAUCUUAACCACUUGUGUAAGUAUUUGGUUGCUUGUCAGAAGCACCUGGGGAGAGUGGAUGGGCCAAGUCACCUCAUAUUGCCACUAUACUUACCUGCGGUAGUUGCCCACGUAGGUCUGUAUUUCUUUUUCUGUCUGUCCUUGAACCGGGGUGACCUGUAGCGUAGUGGUUAAGGUACAGCCGCAAUAACAUCCGUACAGCCAUUGGGCCCUCCUUAACCCUGCAUUGCUCCAGGGGAGGAUUGUCUCCUGCUUAGUCUAAUCAACUGUACAUCGCUCUGGAUAAGAGCGUCUGCGGCCUAAACUAGCUUUCCCUGUACAUUCCCCUACAUUCUGUAGUCUGCAGUUUGGAAACAAAUUAUUUGAUUCAGCGGACUACAUGUAAAUCCGAGGAAUAUCUUCUCCAUUUCUUUGCACCAGUGCCAAUAAAAGCAUAGCACAAUUGAUAAGGAAUUACAACUUUUCAAUUACAAGUAGUGAAAAGAAACAAACAAUACAAUGGGUCAAUAGGGAGGCUGACAAUAUUUAAUGUUUUGCCCUUUGUUAUUUAACGAAUUAUGAAUUAUGAUGACGCUAUCCUGUCAGUGUAUUCUUGUCUGUAUCCAUAACUGUGCAUCGGGAAUACAACAGUGUAGGCUUUUUGUUUGUGUGUGUUUUUUGUGUGCACGAUGGCAGAAGUCGCAAUUAAAAUCGCAUUUGCCUUCUGCGAAUCACUUUUAUGUUGCCCUUUUGCGGGUGAGUGAACACACCCACUAGCCUACCCACCUACCUAUUUCAGUUUUAUAUAAAAGCACCUUGAACCACUGAUCAUUUUAGAUAGAGAUUUUGUUUGGUUUUCAUUUUUAUUCUGUAGGCUAUAAGUAGUUAAAUGGAAGUAGGCUAUAAUGUAUGGGCUCUGAAGGGAUGCGCCUUACAUGAUGAGUUUCUAGUGAUCUGAAGGGGCGCGUAUGGAGGCACCACUCAAGUUUCACGGAGAACUGAAUACUUAAAUAACAGUUAUGUUCUAUGAGCCCACGAACAGCUCAGCCGCAGAUUUUCUUGGUAACGAGUCCUGCGAGCCGCCGGAGCUCUGCGACGAUUCAGCCGAGUUCGAGCCCCCCUUUCUGGUGGACGCAUGGCUGGUGCCGCUUCUCUUCGCUAUUUUAAUGGUGAUCGGACUGGCAGGAAAUUCGCUGGUAAUCUACGUGAUUUCUAAACACAAGAAAAUGCAAACUGCAACUAACUUCUAUAUUGCUAACCUGGCGACCACUGACAUCGUUUUUCUUGUGUGCUGCGUUCCGUUUACUGCCGUGCUCUACCCGCUCCCCAGUUGGGUCUUUGGUGACUUCAUGUGCAAGUUCGUCAGCUAUAUGCAGCAGGUGUCAGCACAGGCAACCUGUGUAACUCUAACAGCAAUGAGUGUGGACCGUUGGUACGUGACUGUAUUCCCACUACGUUCCCUGAGCUGUCGAACCCCACAACUUGCCACUGUGGUCAGCCUGGGAAUCUGGAUAGGCUCUUUCCUGGUCUCUCUGCCAGUGCCAGUGUACAGCAGGACCAUGGUGGGUGAGUGGUACGGUCCCCAGGUCUACUGCACUGAGAAUUUCCCCACUCUUUUCCACAAGAAGGCUUUCAUUCUCUACAACUUCCUGGCUGUGUACAUGCUCCCGCUGGUAACCAUCUGCGUCUGCUAUACGGUGAUGCUGAGUCACGUGGGUCUCACCUUUGUGGAGUCGCUUGAAAACAACAACCAGCUGCAGGCGUUGGCGGAGCGCUCCGUGGCCCUGAGGACCAAGGUUUCCCGCAUGGUGGCGGUGAUCGUGCUGCUCUUCACCGUGUGCUGGGGCCCCAUCCAGUUCUACAUCCUCAUCCAGGCCUUCAGCCCGCACUUCCGCCACAGCUACUGCACCUACAAGCUGAAGAUCUGGGCCCACUGCAUGUCCUACAUCAACUCCUGCGUCAACCCCGUCGUCUACGCCUUCAUGGGCGUCAAUUUCCGCAAGGCCUUCAAACGAGCCUUCCCGUGCAUUUUCAAACAGCGCGUGGCAGUCGCCCAGCCACCGCAGCGCAUCGCCAAUACUGAAAUGCACUUUUUCUCUUAGACCCCCAACCCCUACCUAUGUGCUUUAACAUUUUCCUAAGAAGAUCUCGCUCAUGGCCUCAGAAAGGUUGGAAGAGGUCCUGUCCUCUUUACAUAUAUCGGAUAAUGUUUAGCUUCUAUUGCGAACUUGUGUAUGUCUGUACAGUGCGUUGGA